AUGUCCCAAAUGCAAAAUAUUCCAGAGGGUGUGAGUUUUGACGACCCUUCAAUCCCCAAUUACUCACUUCUAACCAUGAUUCAGCCUCCCUAUCUCCCGAAGGCAGCCCAGAUUGGAGGCUUACCGACAGUCUCAGUCGAUGUCCCUGCCCUGGCUGUGCUGUUGAGCAUCUACAUUGGAUUCGCCGUCACAAACAUGACAAUAUUUCAACGGAACCGCCUACGAGGCCAUAUGUUCCGUCCAUCAGUUCUACUUUUCGGAUUUUGUAUGGCCAGAAUAGUCACUUGCAUUCUGCGCAUUGCAUGGGCCACGCAUCGUACAAACGUCAGGCUUGCCAUAGCAGCUGGUAUUUUCAUCAACGCCGGCAUCCUGAUCCUCUAUCUCGUCAACCUGGCAUUGGCACAUCGUGUCUUCAAGGCGAAGAGACCUCAAUUCCGAUGGCAUGCAGCACUCGCCCUAGCUAUCAAAGUGCUUUAUGCCCUUAUUGUGGGAGCACUCAUCAUGGUCAUCACAGCCACCGUUCUCUCGUUCUACACAUUGAACAUGAAAACAAGGAGAACUACUCGCGACAUUCAACUGGCUGCUAUUACGUAUUUGCUUGUCAUAUCAGUCCUACCCUUGCCAUUUCUCGCAGUCGCAUUUCUACCACCGCAAGACCAUCACGAAACGACUUUAGGGAAAGGAAGCAUGCAAAGCAAGGCACUGAUCAUAACUUCCUCGGCAACUCUAUGCAUAUUGAUAGCUGGUUUCAAGGCUGGUACUGCGUGGGAAACGCCACGGCCAAUUGACCACCCGGCUUGGUUUGACACCAAGGCGGCAUUUUAUGUCUUCAACUUCACACUGGAGAUUCUCGCUCUCGCCACUCUCACACUCUCUCGAAUUGACAAACAUUUCUAUGUACCAAAGGUCAGCAAGGGCACUGAAGGCGAAUGGAGAGAGGAAAACAUGUCUAAUGAAAACAAUGCGAGCGGACGUGCCUCCAGCGAAGCGAAACUGGCUACUGAGCUUUGA